AUGUCAGCUGCACGAGAACUGAACCCGGACGGCACUCGUGCGCCUAUCGUUCUUCCGGAUCCCAUCACAGACGAAGAUUUCGAACGAUUCCUAGAUCUCCUCUACCCAAUUGUUUUCGGGACGUACGCGUUGCAUACAUCGGAGGAAUGGACGUCGGCGCUGCGCGUCGCGCAUUAUCUGCGAUUCGACUCUAUCAGAGCCCUCGCUAUGAACGAACUGUGCUCUCUCGCGACACCCGUCGAAAAGAUAGUCUGUGCGCGGGAGUUUGGUAUCCCCCAGUGGUUGCAGGGAGCGUACACGGACCUCUGCCUCCGUUCCGCUCCCCUGUGCGAGAGGGAAGGCACACUCCUCGGUCUCUCUACGUGUCUCAAGAUCGCAGCCGCGCGCGAAGCCAUGCGCAUCCCCGCCGCUCCGAUCGAUCAGACUCUCGCCACGUCGAUCGUUAAGGAGAUAUUUGGUCUUGGGGUGGAUGGAAAUACUUCCACGGCGAUCCGUGACCAGUAUCAACGCAUCACGAGCAAGCCGCGCAGUCCUGAUGCUACGAAGCAAGUGUUCCCGUUGUUCAUUCGUGUCACAAUCCAACCGUGUCAUCAGGAUAUCUAG